AUGCUCCUGAACUUCCAGGACCACUCCACGCAUGCUCCUGAGGCUGCCCAAGGACUGCUCUGCGCAUGCUCAGUACUGAGGCGCAUGGCAGCUGCUUGUGGCUUCCUCCUAGUCGUCGAGGAAAGUAUAAAUGAAAGAACCGUCAUGAAAAGUAUCUCAAAAAGAAGAGAAGAUACUUUUAAAACGGAAUCAGAAGAAACAAAUAACAUUGUGGACAAACAUCUCUCAAAAGACAGCGGUCAAAAUAUAACAAAGGUACUGAGAGGCAAAGUAAGAGGAAAGUUAAAAAGUACUAAGGUAAUGCUCCAACCUGGGCAGGAAAGUCCAUUAGACUCUCUUAUCUCUAAUAAAAUUACUCAGAAAUCAUUGUUCAACCCACAGACUGAAGUCUUGUUGGAUGAAGGUCUUUCAUUUUUCAUCCUGAGUGGUGAAGAAAGGUCUGCUCUGAGCCAGUCUUAUGAACAGAGAUCAGUAAAAGAUAGUGACUCCAAACACUUUUCACUUGGUGAUGAUUUGCAAAAUAUUACUGAAAGCCAAGAUGAAGAUUUUAUGGAAGAAAUGAUUUUUACAGAUUUACUUGAAGUAAAGGCUGCUGAAUAUGAAGAUAAUCAAGAACAAAUAGAAAACCAGCAGACAAAUAUUUUUAUACCAAGUAGUUCUCCAGGUAAUGUUCUUUUCCAAUAA